CAUCUUGACCGUGUUCAUCCAUCUUGGACUUGAACCGUGGGAGCGUUCUAAUUGGCGGCUGUAGAACAGAAAGGAAGUAUUUAGUCCAGUCGGAGAAAGUCUGGCACAACUUAGCCCGGGUUUAAUCUUCUGCAACUUUGUAAUUCUUUUUUCCCACCUGAAGAGAAAAGUCGCAACACUUUAACAAUGGCCAGCUUCACUAAAGGCCCUUCGUAUGGAUUAUCUGCGGAAGUCAGAAACAAAAUCGCACAAAAAUAUGACCCUCAAAAAGAAGAAGAGCUGAGGGUGUGGAUCGAAGAGAUCACCGGCUGCCCCAUUGGCCCCGACUUCCAGAAAGGUCUGAAGAACGGAGUGAUUCUGUGCAAACUUAUCAAUGAACUUCAAGAAGGCUCUGUGAAAAAGAUCAACCAGUCUGCGCUGAACUGGCACCAGUUGGAGAACCUGACAAACUUCAUUAAAGCCAUCACAGUCUAUGGCCUGAAGCCUCAUGACAUCUUCGAGGCCAACGACCUUUUUGAAAAUGGAAACAUGACGCAGGUCCAGACGACGCUGCUCGCACUUGCUAGCAUGGCCAAGACCAAGGGUCACCACACACAGAUGGACAUCGGGGUGAAGUACGCCGACAAGCAGGAGAGGACGUUUGAUGAGGAGAAGUUGAAGGCGGGACAGUGCGUCAUUGGUCUUCAGAUGGGGACCAAUAAAUUGGCCAGUCAGGCUGGAAUGAAUGCAUACGGCACCAGGAGGCACUUGUAUGACCCCAAAGCUCCAAUCCAGCCCCCCAUGGACAACACAACCAUCAGUCUGCAAAUGGGAACCAACAAGGGUGCAAGCCAGGCUGGAAUGACUGCUCCGGGGACAAGGCGUGCCAUUUACGAUCAGAAGCUGCAAACAGACCGGUGUGACAACAGCACCAUGUCCCUACAGAUGGGCUACUGCCAGGGCGCCAACCAGAGCGGCCAAAACUUUGGGCUGGGACGCCAGAUCUAUGACGCCAAGUACUGUCCUAAACCUACAGAGGAGGACGGCGAUCAGAACGGGUCAGCCGGACCUCGCGACUACAUCCCAGAUUACCAAGAUGAGGGUUACCAAGGUUACCAGGAAGAAGAGCAGGUGUACCAAGACGACGGCACAGAUUACUAAGAGCGCGGAGGGAGUUGAGGAAGGGAAGGAGAUCGCAUCAAGACGGCAUGCUCUGCAGGAAAACUUCAAGGCAGGCAGUUUAUUUUUAUAUCCAUAGGAUGGUGCACCAGAUUUUGGGUCAUAUCCUUCUAGUAUUUUAUGAAAUUGUUACCCCUAUUUGUGCAGAAAUGUUACACAUAUCAUGAUGAGCUGUAUUUCUGUGAUUUUUAUAUUUAAAGUGACCACAGUAGCCAGUCUUUGGCUUAGCUAGUUCUUGUAUCCCAGGGAUUUUUAAUGUGUGCCAAAACCCCUCUAUCCUUGCUCAGUGUUUUCUACCGACUCGACAGUUACCAUAAGGGAGAUUCCUGUUUUUUUUUGGUUUUUUUUUGUUUGUUUUUUUUUAAGAAGGCAAGAUCAAACUAAAACUGAAACUUUAGGGAGUUUUUUACGAAAAUUAUAUACUUCUUUAGAUCAACACCCUUGCAUUUUUGUUAUCUGUAUAAACAUACAUUUAUUUCUCUUAUUUCCUGUGAAUGUACCGUUUUUGUUGUGUCCCUUCUUGCAUCCUUUCAGUAUUGGUCAUUGACAUAAAGUUAAGUUUCAGUUGCUCUGACACAUAAGGGAACAAAAUGGAUAUGUGAGAUCAAAACUGUUUUACCUUUUCAUAUUCUGCCUCUUCUCUCACUCAAUUCAGUUUCUUCUUUUUUUUUUUGUAAUGGAGGAAAUAUUUCCUUUUGUUUGCAUAAGCAGUCCAACUGGAGUUAAGCUUGUUUUCUUUGGGUUUAAGACGGUGGGGGAGGAUAAGAGAAAAAUACUCUAGUGAAGUUUUGAACAUUCCAAGCAAGAAUACUGGAUUCCUUUUUUUUGUCAGUGAAUAAUGUUUAAGUGAAUCACUAUUAAAUACUGUUUGAAGAGAAACCCAUUCAAACAAUUCUUGAUCAUUUGAGGUGAUUAUUUAUGCAUUUUUGUGAUUUGAAUGGUCGCUUUGUACUUUUGAAACCCAAUAACAUUUGAUAUUGGACCAUACUGUUUCCUCUGGAUUCAUCUUUAUACUAAUGGAAAAAAAAUUGUUAGUAAAGAAAUGUUUCUGUGAAAAGUGUAAUAAAAUGAUGUAUUCAUUA